AUGUCGUCGCGAUUCUUCUACCGUGGUGGUAGCGACAGCGAGUCUAGCUCCUCCGAUGAGGAGGAGGAUGUCUACGAGCGAUCCGAGGAGGAGGAGAGCAGCGAGGAGGAGUCCAGCGAAGAUGAAUCCGGCAGCGAGUCCGGCAGCGAGUCCGGUGAGGAGGGCGACACCAAGGGUGGUGCCAACGCUUUCUUGAGGGAUAUGUCCGACAGCGAUGAGAGUGAAGACGAGGAAAAGGUCACAGUCGUCAAGAGUGCCAAGGACAAGCGACUGGAGGGUCUCGAGAACACCAUCCGAUUGAUCGAGAACGCGCAGAAGAUCAAUGACUGGGCCGUCAUCUCUACUGAGUUCGACAGCCUGAACCGCCAGAUCGUCAAGGUCGCCCAGUCUGGUCCUACCCCCAAGAUCUACGUCAAGGCCGUCGCCGACCUCGAGGAUUUCGUCAACGAGACCGUGACCAAGCAGAAGUCCGCCAACAAGAAGAUGAACGCCAGCAACCAGAAGGGAUUCAAUGCCGUCAAGCAGCGUAUCAAGAAGAACAACAAGGACUAUGCCGAUCAGAUCGAGAAGUACCGUGCCGCUAAGGAUACCUACAUGGAGAGCGAGGAGGAAGCCGAGAAGCCGAAGCCCGCCCCUGCUCCUAAGCCCACCAAGGUCGAGAAGAUCAACAACUUCGCCAACGCCCUCGUCCCUACCGCCGUCGGUGAUGACGAUGGCUUCGCGACCGUCGGCCGCGGCGGCAAGACCCUGCAGUACACCCCCGAGAGCAUUCUCAAGCACUUGCGGGUUAUUGUCGAGUCCCGAGGAAAGAAGAACACCGACCGUCUUGAGCAGAUCCGGACCAUGGAGAAGCUCCUGGAGGUUUCCACCACUCCUUACCAGCGCAUCCGCACAUACCUGACCCUUAUCUCGACCCGUUUCGACCUUACCUCGGCCUCUGCCAACUACAUGAGCCCUGAGCAGUGGAAGGCGGCCGAUAAGGAGUUCGGUGUUCUCCUGUCCGUUCUGGAGACCCACCGCAACUUCGUUGUCACCGAGGGUGCUGACGAGUGGGAGGAUGAUGAGAAGCAGCCCCAGGUUGCUGAGGGCGAGACUUUCCAUAUCCCCGGCAGCAUUGUCUCCUACAUCGAGCGUCUGGAUGACGAGCUCACCCGCUCGCUGCAGCAGAUCGACCCCCACACUGCUGAGUACAUUGAGCGUCUGAGCGACGAGCAGCAGCUGUACAACAACAUUGCUCGCACUCAAAUGUACGUUGAGAGCCUCAUCACUGCGGAGAAGAACGACACACGACAAGAUAGCGUCAACCGGGUGAUUAUUCGCCGCUUGGAGCACGUCUACUUCAAGCCCUCCCAAGUGGUUUCCAUCCUCGAGGAUGCCACCUGGAAGUCCCUCCCCGACACCCUCAACUCUGCUGUCACUCCCCGCGCCCAGGCUGGCGAUGUCUCCUCCCUCAUCCAAACCCUCUGCAACUACCUGUUCCAGCACAGCGACGGCAUCAUCCGUGCCCGCUCCAUGCUGUGUCAGAUUUACUUCCUUGCCCUGCACGAUCAAUACUACCGCUCUCGUGACCUGAUGCUCAUGUCCCAUCUGUCCGAGAACAUCUCCAACUUCGACGUCAGCACUCAGAUCCUCUUCAACCGCACCCUUGUCCAGAUCGGCCUGUGCGCUUUCCGCGCCGGUCUCAUCUACGAGGCCCAGACCACCCUCGGCGACAUCUGCGGUAGUGGCCGCCAAAAGGAGCUCCUUGCCCAGGGUAUCAUCAUGCAGCGCUACUCCACCGUCUCCCCCGAGCAGGAGCGUCUGGAGCGCCAGCGCCAACUGCCCUUCCACAUGCACAUCAAUCUGGAGUUGCUGGAGUGCAUCUACCUGACCUCCAGCAUGUUCCUCGAGGUGCCCCUGAUGGCCCAGACCUCCUCCGCCCCCGAGAUCCGCCGCCGCAUGAUUUCCAAGACCUUCCGCCGCAUGCUCGACUACAACGAGCGCCAGUUCCUCGCCGCCGGCGACUGGAAGAAGGCCGCCUCGAUGCUCGCCUCAAUCAAGAUCUGGGAUUUGAUGCCGCAGCCCGAGAAGGUCAAGGAGAUGCUGUCCGCGCAGACGCAGGAGGAAGGUCUGCGCACCUACCUCUUCACCUACGCCCCCUUCUACGACAGCCUGUCCAUCUCCUCGCUGGCCGAUAUGUUCGAGCUGCCCGCCAAGAAGAUCGCCGCUAUCAUCAGCCGCAUGAUCUCGCACGAGGAGCUCGGCGCUGCCCUGGACCAGGUCAACGACGCCGUAGUCUUCCGCAAGGGCGUCGAGCUUUCCCGUCUCCAGUCCCAGAUCGUCACCCUCGCCGACAAAUCCAUGGGCCUCCUCGAGUCCAACGAGAAGACCCUCGAGCAACGCACCCAGGGUAUGGCCAAUGCCUUCCAGCGCGAGCAGGGCCCCGGUGCCCGUGGUGGUCGCGGCGGUGGUCGCGGAGGUCGUGGCGGCGCUGGUCCCCGUCUGCCUGGUGGUCAGCAGGGUCGGAGACCUGGUGGUCAGCAGUUCGGUGGUGGUGCAUUGGGUGGUGCGAUCAAGGCUUAA